UUUCACGUGGAGGCGGGGAAGAUUGGCUUGAGGGAAUGAUCACUAAAACCCACAAAGGAGACUUGGGCCUUGGCCUCCCAGAGAAAAAGAAGAAGAAGAAGAAGGUGGUGAAAGAACCAGAGACUCAAUACUCAGUUUUAAACAAUGACAAUUAUUUCACUGAGAUCUGUCCCACAAAAGCCACAUCCCCGUCAAAGAGUGUGGUCCUAGGACAGGCAUCUGAGAUGCCUUUAGUGAAGAAAAAGAAGAAAAAGAAGGGCCAUAGCACCUUCUGUGAGCAGCGCUUAGAACCUGAGACCUCGUUACGUGCUGGACGGACAGAGAAGUUGCCAAGCCCCAGGAAGCAGGCCCUUGGUUCAUCUGAGAUCCAAGGUGGAGAGAAGAAAAAGAAGAGGAAGUCCUUAUGCCCUCUGACCAUGCCCCCUGGCUCAAGAGUGAAGACCUCCCCGGAUCCCAGACAGGAUGAGGAGGUGACCAGUGUCAGCAAGAAGCCCAAAAAACACAAGAAGGAAAAAAAGACCCAGGAGGCUGCAGACUUGUCAGCCAAGGACCCUUGGUUCUGUGAGUCUGGGGAUCCUCUGUAUGCUUCCUCAGCAGAGAAGGAUGGAGAGGAGCAGGCAGCCUCAGGGCGGAAACGGAAGCAGGAGAGCCCUACAGAGCAUAAUUUGAAGAUAAAAAAGAAAAAGAAAAUCCACCAGAAGGGAGACACCUCCCUAGGGCACCUUGAGCUCUCCAAGUCCAUUGAGAGAAUCCCUAGGAAAAGAAGUAAGAAGCCAGUCAAAGUUGAGGCUCCAGAAUACAUCCCAGUAGAACAUAACCCCAAGUCCCCCGCAAAAAAGAAAAUGAAGGCCAAGAAAAAGGCAGAGCAGCCAGGCAUUGAGGAACCAGCUCUGAGGAGGAAUAAAAAGAAGGAGAAAGAGAGCAGAGUAGUAGCAGGAGAACCUUGGGAAGAGGAGCCUGACACAGACUUAGAGGUGGUGUUGGAAAAGAAAGGCAACAUGGAUGAGGCGCACAUAGACCAGGUGAGGCGAAAGGCCUUGCAAGAAGAGAUUGAUCGUGAGUCGGGCAAAACAGAAGCUUCUGAACCAAGGAAGUGGACAGGAACUCAGUUUGGCCAGUGGGAUACUGCUGGUUUUGAAAACGAGGAACAGAAACUGAAAUUUCUCAAACUUAUGGGUGGCUUUAAAAAUGUGUCCCCCUCAUUCAGCCGCCCCCCUAACACAACCGGAAGGCCCAACAUGGCUCUCAACAAAAAGGCAGCCGACACCCUGCGGCAGAACCUCCAGCAGGACUAUGAGCGGGCCAUGAGCUGGAAGCACAGCCGGGGCGCUGGCCUUGGCUUCUCUACCACCCCGGGCAAAAUCUUUUAUAUUGACAGGAAUGCUUCCAAGUCCAUCAAAUUUGAAGAUUAAACUCUACUGUCUUGUCUUUCAAAACAGCCAAAAUUGCUUUUUUUAUUCAGUUGUGCAAAUGAAAGCCAUCCUACAGUUGUCUCAGAGUCAGACCUCUACAGAGAUUAAGGAAAACUGUGCCCAUGUCCUUGGAUGAACUGGGGUCAGGGAAGUUUGCAUUUCAGAAGCCAAGACAACGUGUGAGUGGCUCACACCUACCGUUUUCUGUAUGAAGCAUUCCAUCCCUGCUUGAAGACAUCAACGUAUAUAAAUAGCUAAAUGUGUUGAGUGCUUAGUAUGUACCACGUACAUACUAAUGUGUUGCCCCUGCAUUAAUGUAUUUAAUCUUAAUAAUUAUAAAAUAGGUGCUAUUAUCCCCAUCUUACAGAUGAGGAAACUGAGGUGCAGGGAUGAAGUAAUAAAAUCGCCCAGGUUCACCCAACCAGUAAGUGCCAAGUGUUGUACUUUUGUGCCCAGAGUCCUCUGUCACUGUUCACUACUCUAAAUGUCCCCCUUAGGGAACUUCAGCAGGAAAAGUCACUGGAGAUUGAAAUUUCUUUUGAUUAAAGAAACAGAAGUUUUAUUAGAUGUCUAAAUCUCAAACAGGAAGUAGAGUUAAUGAUAAACAGGAAAAAACAAGCUCAUUUUCUUUUCCCAUCCUGGAGGAGCUGCAGGCAAAGAAGGGUCUGAAUUGCCACCAAGCAGAUGUGACCAAGCUUCCUCUGAUGUUGGGAAAUGUGUUUCUAAACCAAUUUUGCCUUUUUAGCUGCCUUUCCAUCCUCAGUGCUGAGCUUGGAUUUUGUCUUGAUGCUUUAACUGAAUUCUGAAAAAGGCAUUUUAGAGACUGUUAGUCUUCAUGAACCAAUGACAAAUUCCCAGGAGUCCGUUUAUUAGAUUCUUUGUGACCGCAAGGAAUAGAAUUCUAGGUGACUUAUGUGGUGGAGGUCAAAUGCCAGGAAUUGUGGAUGUGUGGGGAUGACACAGGAAGUUGCCUUAUCAUGACUGCCUUUCCAUGCCUAGACACUACAGCCAGCCUCACUGAGGUCCAGGUACGAUGACCUAAAUGAUAUGACCACUUUCUCUCCAUUCCCCUAGCGUUUUGUGUCCCAACAUACAGUUUCUGAGUGGAACAUUUUCACAUCACUUGACCUGAACAUCUCCUAUAGUCAUCCCAACUAUAGGGAUGAACUAUAGGUUCAGCAGCCCAACCAAACAACCAGGAUAUUCUCUCACUUGGCAGGAAGUCCUGAUGUAGGGAAUUGAUGCAGCAACUCAACAAGGAAACAUUGUUUUCCUCUCGGCCCCAUUCAUCCUAUUGGCUUCAUCAAGCUGGUUGAAGAAUGGCUAGACCAAUUCUAAGCAGGAUAUCAAGUCAGUAGAACAUUCCACAGGAAGAAGAAAAACCUUAUGGCUCAAGGAAACUUCCAGAAGACCUUUUCCCCCAGUGGGUCAUAUGCCUAUUUCUGAGCCAGCCCCUGGCAUGUGGAGGAAGAUUCACUUCAGGCAAAUCAGAAAGGAGGAGUGAAGAGAUGCUGAUGAGAAAAACAGGGUCAACUACUGUCUCACCGGGUGGGUAGAGGUGAGGCCUGCCGUGACUAAUAAACAUUGGCUGGGUCAAGAGUCCCACAUUUUUAUGCUAGGUAUAUCUUGGGUGGGCUGCAUCACCCAGAAUGUGAAUUGGGCCUUUGAUGGAUUCAACUUUGAGAAACAUAAUGGAAGAGGCCAUCUAAAUGCCCAGAAGGUAAGGUUCUGCAAUUGAGUUAGCUCCUUCAGAGAACCUUGUCCUUUCACAGGGGACUAAAUCUCUCCUGGCCUUGAUCAACACUCCAGGGAUUUACUCGCUCUACUGUCUGCUUCUCUAAUUGUUUUUAUCUUGCUGAGAGAUAAAACUGGAAUUGUUUUAUUCCAGUUAGGGCCUGCCUUGGUGUAUCAGGAAAGAUUGUGUGUGGCCAUCUCUUGGGUGAUUCUGGAGAGUGGCUGAUCGAUUGUCCACUGUCUUGUCCUCAUAGUGAUAGUUCUCAUUAGGAUGUAAUGGUCAGACCUUUCCCCUCCUACCAUUUAGUAUAGUCUGUAAUAGGAUUUGACUUUCAAACUCCAUGUAUCCCCAUAGCUGAAGAGUUCUACUGGCUCAGGGGAAGGUUUACUAUAGGCUGUUCCUAAAGCGGGGUCUUGCCAGAGAAGAUUGAACAGCCAAGACAGCAAGAUGUCCAGUGUCCACAGAAUGUACUUUAUCUUCCCUCUGCUGCUCCUGCCGGUACAGAUCACUGUUUGUCAAGUUAACGGGUCUCUGUCCUGCAGCAGUCUACAGUCCCAAGAGGAUUUACUCUCGCAGUGUCCUGGGUUAGCUGGGCUCCUCUCCUUUGCAAAUUAAACAACAUUGGCUUGUGCCACCUCUGCCCCACCGCUCCACCGAAACAAGGCGGUUUGGGGACAUUUACUCAGAACCAGGGCAGGAGAGAGGGGACAUAUAUAGCACAGUCAAGGUCUUGGUUGAAUAUGUAACAGCCCUGUUCUCAAACUUGUUGGCUGUUUGUCCCUCAGGGAUUUCUCAGCUGAUCAACUUUUUUUUUCCUGACAGGGCCCUUCCCUACUUACAGUUAUCCUUAUCCAGCUGUCUGUGAAACCUCAUGAUUCUUACCCACUGUAUUCCUUGGGAUGAUUCCUGCUGUUUCUGCCUUAGCCUAAUGGACCCUGAGACUCUUUCUGGAACUAGGCCCAUCAAAAGUAUUUACUAGAUAGACAGAGUUCUCUAAAAGAAAUUGUGUAUUCAACUUCAGUAACUUAGAAUUAGGUUUGUGAUUGGCAGAAUGAUGAGUUUCCAUACCCCCCAACAUGCCCUUGUCCCCGUCACCAGAACUUGUGAAUGUGUUAGGAAACAAAAGGGAGUUUGGGUAGCAGAUGGAAUUAAGGUUGCUAAUCAGGUGACCUUAAAAUAUCCUGGAUUAUCUGAGUGAGCCCAGCCUAAUCGUAGGGGUCCUUAACUGUAGAAGAGGGAGGCAGAAAUGUCAGAGACUUGUAAGAAAAAUUAGACAAGUUGUUGCUGGUUUUAAGGUGGAGGAGGGGGCCAGGAGCCAAGGAAUGCAAGUGGCCUCUAAAAGCUGUAAAAGGCAAGAAAACAGAAUCUUCCCCCAGAGCCCAGAAGGAAUAAAGCCCUGCUCGCACUUCAUUUUGAGGGUAAGCCCCCUGAGACCUGUUGGACUUUAGACAAAUAGAUUUUCAAGGUGAUAAAAUUGUGUUGUUGUAAGCCACUAAGCUUGUGAUAAUUUGUUAAAGCAGCAAUAGAAAAGUAACCUAGGUCUCAUGCAGAACUUUUCCUCAUUUAAAAAAUCUUAUUUCCUAAAAUACUUAGAAUUUUAUUGUUUCAUUAUCGUUUGUAAUGACAGUAGACUUCAUCCCCUGUAGGCUAUGGUUUUCAGAGUCUGGCUAAGUGAUUCAGUAAUGGGCUAAGGAAAACCACAAAAGAUCACAGAAGAUCUAAGCCUCUUCCUGGGACAGGUGUGACAGAUGGUUCAGAAGCUCCUUUGGUGUAAUGCAUAUUCAGCCUAAUAGGAAAGUCCAAAUUCACGUCAGUACAAGAACAUUACAUUACUCAGGCUUGGGAACAAAUGCUGUCUGAUGUGUAACCUCAGAGUAUAAGAAAUGACUUAAAGCGGGUAAUUUGUGAAUUGGCCAGUUGUGUUUCAUUUAUAUAGUAUCAUCUAGUAAAAGUGGCAUAUGAAAUAAUUUUAAUGGAAAUAAUUUUGUGAAAUAAAGAUCACUUGAUAAUAUUUCAGCAGUA